UUUCAAAAUUUUAACUCGAAUAUGUUUCCUUUUUCUUAAAAGAAAGGGAUUUUUUUUUCUCUUUGAGUCUAGUUGAAGACUUAAGGAUCCCCCACCUUUUUUUUUUGUGCAAAAAGAUUUCCUUUUUGUCACUCAUACUCUGUUAUCAAUUGUUUCCAUCGUUGCCCAUUUCCUUUUUCUUUUCUUAAAUAACAGUUGUUUGUAUCUCUGGGAAAAAUAUAUACUUUGAAACUACCAUGGGUGCUUCAGCGAAAUGGGUGAAAUCUCUUAUUGGUCUCAAGAAAACUGUAAAAGAUGACCAAGAAAAGAUGAGUGGCAAGAGCAAGAAAUGGAAGCUAUGGAGGAGUUCUUCAGGGGAUGGAAUAGGUUCCUCAUGGAAGGGUUUUAAAGGAAAGUUUAAAGCAGAUUACGAAGGAUCUGAUUCUUCACCAAGGUCUGAAGCUUUCUCUGCUGCCAUGGCUGCUGUGGUUCGAGCUCCUCCUAAAGAUUUCAGGGUUGUAAGGCAAGAAUGGGCUGCUAUCCGCAUUCAAACUGCUUUCCGAGGCUUCUUGGCAAGAAGGGCUUUAAGGGCUUUAAAGGGAAUCGUGAGGAUCCAAGCCUUUGUUCGCGGUCGACAGGUGAGGAAACAGGCUGCUGUGACACUCCGGUGCAUGCAAGCUCUCGUUCGUGUCCAAGCUCGUGUUAGAGCUCGUCGUGUCCGAAUGUCCAUCGAGGGCCAGGCAGUUCAAAAGAUACUCGAUGAACACCGCAGCAAGGCCGAACUCUUGAAACAAGCCGAGGAGGGCUGGUGUGAUAGUAAAGGAACAUUGGAUGAUGUUAAAAUAAAGCUACAACUGAGACAAGAAGGUGCUUUCAAGAGAGAACGAGCACUUGCUUAUUCUCUUGCACAAAAGCAAUGGAGAUUGAACAUGGAUUCAAAUACUCGAACAAAUAGUUCGGUUUCUGUUCCAUAUCUCAAAAACCAAGUGUUUGAUAAGAAUAGUUGGGGAUGGAGUUGGCUUGAACGUUGGAUGGCAGCCCGACCGUGGGAAACUCGAUUGAUGGAGCAAUCACAGGCAGACCCUUCCGAACCAACUCCACCAUCAAAAACUUGUUCAGAGUCUAGAAAAACUACUAGACCGACCGAACCGUGUUCAGUAAAGGUACGAAAGAACAAUGUCACAACUAGGAUUUCAGCAAAGCCUCCCCAUAUUGGUCAAGGUACUAGAUCAUCAUCGAGUCCAAGUUCCGAAUUCCGGUUCGAAGAGAGCUCCGCAUCAUCAUCGAUAUGCACAUCUACAACACCGGUCUCGUGGAAUACAAUGCCGACUUCAGAGAGAACGGAGAAGACGGGGAAUAGUAGGCCAAACUAUAUGAACUUGACAGAGUCUACCAAGGCAAAACAAAGAGCUGCAAAUCAUGCCUUACGAAGAAUCCAAAUGCAGUCCAUGGAUGAGUUCCAGUUAAAGAAAACAGCUGGUUUGUAUGAUGGGGAUUCAAAGAGUAGUGUGGGGUCGGAUCCUACGGUCCAUAUGUCUCGGCCACUGUAUCCACCUACGAGAUUAGGUUAAAAGUGGUUGUGUCUGUGAUUAAGUAGAUCGUCAGUUUUAUUAUGUUUUCCAACAUCUUGUUGUUUAGUUUUAGUGUGAUGUAGCAAACAACUUAUUGAGUGUUUUUGUAUCUAAUUCGACGGCAAUUCAUUCUGCA